AUGUUCUUCUUUCUCCAACAACUCUCCUUAUCUGAUCUCCUGCAGUCCAUGGAUAUUGCUCCCAUCCUGCUCAGAACUGUGAUAAAUGAAGGAGCUAAAAUAUCCCUUAUUGGCUGUAUUGUACAAUUUUAUUUCUUUGGUGUCGCUGAAUCUUUACAGUGUCUCCUUCUAACUGUGAUGUCCUAUGACAGAUAUCUGGCCAUCUGUAAUCCUCUGUGUUAUUCUUCAAUAAUGAAUCAUAAAUUGUGUGUUAAAUUAAUUCUCAUGUCAUGGCUGCUUACCCUUAGUUUUACACCAGUUAUUGUGAUUUAUGUAGCUACACAAGAGUUCUGCAACCAAAAUACCAUCAACCAUUUCUUCUGUGAUUAUUUUCCUCUUCUGGAACUUUCCUGCUCAGAAGCCACUUUAGGCUGGAUAUUGGCAAUGGCUGUGUCUGUCCCUGUGAUUCUUUUCCCCUUUUUGCUUAUCACUGUAUCCUAUAUCUGUAUUGCCCAUGAAAUCCUAAAGAUAACGUCCAAUAUUGGGAGACAAAAAGCCUUCUCCACCUGCAGCUCCCACUUGGCUGUGGUCUCCAUAUUUUAUGGGAGUCUCUUUGUUACUUAUGUGGUUCCCACAAGAAACCAGUCACAGACCAUUGGAAAACUUCUUUCACUUUUAUACACAGUAGUGACUCCUUUUAUUAACCCAUUAAUUUACAGCUUGAAAAGUACACAUAUUAAAAAAGCCCUUAAAAAUAUACAAUAA